UUUACACAGGGAUCUGUGUCUGGGCCGCUAUUUGGGGAGGGCUCGUUCUGGUUUUGCACAGUCUAGUUUGACUGCUGGGGUUGGGGUGCCGAUUGAAACUGGAGCCUGUGUGUGUGGAGGGCUAGAAGGGGGUGGGUUUGCCCCUUCACAAGUUACUGUCGGUUUCUCUAGGGCUCCCAGUGAGGAAUGGUGAUCCGGAGCCGGGGACCAGGGUCUAGAUGUCUGGUUUCAGCUCCCUGAAAUCCCACAGGGGGCGGGGGGGGGGGGAACCGGCGAGGGGCAGCCCCUUGCCAGCCGGGCUGGAGAGCUUCCCCCAGCGGUGGGGACGGGGGGGCUCUGCCCCCGCGCUCAGGGCUGGAGCCAGCGCGUAGCCGGCAGUGGGGCAGCCUCCCACGGCUCCAGCGGGGCUGGUCCGGCCCGGCCAGGAGGGACGGAAGGGGAGGAGACCAAGGCAGCUAAGAGUGAGGGGCUCGGCCGGCCGGCCGGCCACACCGGAGUGGCGGUGACCGAGGCAGCGGCUCCUCCGGCGGGGUCCCGGCGAUCAGCCGCGCCAUGUGCUGGUCUCUGGCCGCCGCCCUGCUGGGCACCCUGCUGCUGCUGCUGGUGCUGGCGCUGCGCUCCCGGCGGACGCGGCUACCGAGUGAACCUCCACUUGACAGAGGCUUUGUUCCUUGGCUGGGACAUGCUGUGGAAUUUGGAAAAGAUGCUGCCAGCUUCCUGUCUCAAAUGAAGCAAAAACAUGGCGAUAUUUUCACAAUCCAGGUUGCUGGGAAAUAUAUCACCAUCUUGUUGGACCCUCACUCAUAUGAUUCGGUGCUCUGGGAGUCAAGUUGUCAGCUAGAUUUCAGCAAAUAUGCACGCCUUUUAAUGGAUCGAAUGUUUGAUGUCAAACUGCCUGACUAUGACCCCACUGAGGAAAAGGUCAUGCUGAGAUCGGCUCUGCAAAACAAGAACCUUCCAUCCCUCACUAAGGCGAUGUUCUUCAACCUUCAGACCCUUCUGCUUUCUGACCCAAGCAAUCUGAGCCGGCAGUGGACAGAUGAAGGCUUGUUUCAUCUCUCCUACAGCAUGAUGCUCAGAGCUGGAUACCUGACCCUGUAUGGCAAUGAAGAAGAAAACUACAACGAUCCUUCUUGCCAAAAUAAAGACCGGGCCCAUUCUGCUGAGGUCUACAAUGAAUUUUAUAAAUUGGACCAGCUGUUGAUGAGCGCUGCCCGCUCCACGCUAACUGCAGUGGAAAAGAAGGAAGCUGCCAGCGUCAAGGGACAUCUCUGGAAGCUACUGUCUGUAAAAAGACUGAAUUCCAAAGCCAACAAAAGCCUUUGGCUAGAGAGCUACAAGCUGCACCUAGAGGAACUGGGAGUGGAUGAGGAUAUGCAACCCAGAGCCAUGCUGAUGCAGCUCUGGGCCACACAGGGUAAUGCAGGUCCGGCAGUUUUUUGGCUUCUCCUGUUUCUUCUAAAGCAUCCUGCAGCCAUGGCAGCAGUUCAAGGUGAAGUAGAAAAAAUAAUUAGAAACAGAGGACAAACAAUGAAACAGAUGCAAGGCAUUAGCCAAGAGAUGCUGGACAGCACUCCUGUUUUUGACAGUGUAUUGAAUGAAACACUACGUUUGACAGCAGCCCCUUUUAUCAGCAGAGAAGUACUUGCAGACAUGAAUCUGAGACUGGCAGAUGGCAGGAAGUUCAGCCUGAGAAAAGAAGACAGGCUCUGUCUUUUCCCAUAUUUAAGCCCACAGAUGGACUCCGAAAUCUAUGAGGAGCCAGAGAAAUUUAAAUAUGACAGAUUCCUCAAUGCAGACAACACAGAGAAAAAGGAUUUCUAUAAAGGAGGGGAAAGGCUCAAGUAUUACAACAUGCCAUGGGGAGCAGGAAUUAACACAUGUAUUGGGAAGUUCCAUGCAGUCAAUAGCAUCAAACAGUUUGUUUUCAUCUUGUUAACCAAUUUUGACUUGGAACUGAAAGAUCCUGAAGCAAGAAUCCCAGGGUAUGACAAGGGAAGAUACGGCUUCGGAAUGUUACAGCCGAAGAAUGACAUCAUGAUUCGAUAUAAACUGAAAGAUCAGUAAAAUAGCAAUGGCUUCCCUUCCAUCAUCCAACUGGUCUCCUCUGUGUUCCUCUGGUUUUUCUGAGAACUGUCAUCGAACUGGUCUAGAUCCAAGUAGUAUAUUUUGGCUUUAUUAAUUAAUCCAUUGGGCUGGGGUAAUGGUAGCAGUUAGAAAGAACAUUAAAAAAAAAGUCACCAUUAUGUUGGCUUUGUACCUGCUAGACUACAGCUUUAAUGCUAACUGACUCUAGUUAAUAGGGGAGCUUCAACACACCAUACAGUCAUUUUUAGUAACUAACCACUAGAUAAAGUCAAAGUGAACUUUACAUCGUGGAAGCACAUUUCAAGGGAGAAUAUAGCUGUCAUAAGCUACUCUCAACCAAUUUUGCACAUUCAUGGAAUUUCUUGCAAAUCCUUGGGUACGACUAAAUAUAUCUAGCAAAGUCAUGACACAGAAAGCUGAGUGUUUAUUUCUGAGUAGCUGGGCUAUGGCAUCCAUACAGAGGGUUGGUCUUCCUGUGCACCAGCAUGAGAGAGAACUUUGGAAAGGAAGAUACACUUGAGUGAGUCAGCAUCAUUAAGCAUAAGGUGUCUUAGUGGCAUUAUCUGACCAUUUUGACUGCUGAAGGUAAGGGGCCAUUCCAGAUCAUAGGUUUACAGCCCAGAUUAUGGGCUGCCCAGACAAACUGCACACAGCACAGGUAGGUAGGAGGGGUCUGUGGUGCAAGAGAGAGUGUUGGAAAGUGACAUAAUGUUCACCAUUUGCAUUCUCCUGAUCUUGGAGCUGUUGAAUGCAGGCUGGUCCCCUUUGGGCUGCUCUAAUUUAUGGAAGAUGUUGAUGGCUCCAAAGAGCUGCUGCCCUGUGCCCCCUUUCUUCCAGCCAUGCCAACUGCAUUGGUAGCAGGGAGAGGCAACAAGGAGGAGAGUUGACAUAGAAGCCUCAGCACUGACUCAAUGCCACUGAAGGAUUCCCAUUGUAUGAGGCUGACCCUUCUGUCUGUUUAUGCUUCGUUUGGUCCAGAAUCCCCUGACAGUGCAGUGCAAAGCCAUUGCAUCUGUUCCUGGGAUCAUUUCUGAACAAGAGCUGCUUGAUUUGCACAUGUUCUCCUCUCAAUUUAUUUUUGUAAAGAAAAUAUCUUGGAAUCCUUUAUUUUUUAAUUCAAUUUCCAACGGAAAAUCAUUAAUCUAUUUUUAACUACAAAUAUCUGGAAAUCAUUCACCUGGGUGCUUUGAGAAAGACAUAAGCAGGUCUAUGCCAUUUAAAGUCUAUGAACUGAGAAAUGUUAUGCUGUUUUGUUUAUUUUAGCAGAAAGAAGAUAUAUGCAUACACAUCUACCCAAGAAUCGCCCCCUCCACACACCCACAUGCAUAUUCAUGUAAAUAAAGUUAUUCUUUUAGUUAGACAUAAAGCUACAUUAAAAGAAUGGUAAGGUUGCAAAAUCAGACACAAAGUUUGGAAAUGCUAGAAUGAAAGUUAUCUGUGCAACUUUAACUCAGCCCCCUUGUGCAUAUGCAUUUAAAUAAAAUAUAUACUGACAUGAUCAGA